AUGGAUCCGGCACCCUCGUCUUCCAGAUCAGCCUCUUCCUCGUCGAUACACACCGAGGGCUCUCAUUCCGCUGACACUCUUACCAGCAGAUCAUGCAUCUCGACGAGCACUGCGGGUAGGCGGCCACCGCCCCGUUCCCAGCGAUUGACCCCCUCGCGCUCGACGUUAGCCAAACCUUUUCGAUCUCCCCUCAAGCAAAGUCCUUUACAAGGAAGCAAGGAAUCCACUACCGCACCGCCUCCAGCCUCAACACAACCUUCUUCUGAGAAGGUCAGAGGGCACCAGAGCUCAACUUUGUCCUCCAGCAUUCGUAAGCAACGUCAGACACUCGAGGCGAGGCUUCUUAUGCUUCAACAAGCCAAUCAGUGCUUAAGAGACAAAGCUCUCACAACGCUGCCCCAGGAAAUAGCGCGCUGGCGCGAAGCGGGUCAAAUGGCAGCCCAGGAUCUCUGGAAGAUGACCUCUGCCGAUGCCGGAGACUGGUCCGGAUUGAGCAGCGUUCCACCACGAGGUGACUAUGGUCUCGAGUCGCCUACCUCUCCUUUCGCAGGAGCGCCAGAUUCCCACAAAAGGAAGGCAGCUGAAUCGCCAGAAGCUUCCGAGCCGCCACUACUACCACGCCGGAAUCGGAUGCACUCGCCCGGAGCCGAGGAACAGGCCGCCGCGCUACUUUCGAUCGAAGAGCCAAUACCUCAGCACAAAGGCGAGGACAGCCAAGGCGCACGCUCUGAAGCUUCGCUCCCAGAGCUUUCCGAGCUCCUGCGACGAUCGCAGGCGGUGGUUGGAGCAGGUUUGGUGCCGGGACGGCGUGCGAAUCUCCUCGCGACUCGGGAAGAUGACCGUCCGACAUGUUUCACGGUUGCAAGCAGCGAUAACGGGAUCGAACGCAAGUGGAACAUUGGCAGCAUGCUCGACAUGCUUGGCGCCGACAAGUCGACACUCGCUUGGGAUGUUGAGGAGGAGGAUUUCCGCGCCCCAACGGCAAACACCGGCAAAGCGAAAUCAAACUGA